CAAAGUAUUUUCUCGGCUGCCAGAUACAAAGCGUUCGACUAUGUGUUUGAAAGAAGCACCAGUGUAAAAGUCAUGCAGAACAUGUUGUCACUACCAACUCCAUACAUAACCAGCGAUGAUGUGUAUCCUCACUGUGGUAAAGUUCCUUGGACUGCCUACAGGACACCAUGGAUACAAGAACAUGUGAUCUCCACCUGUAAGCUCCUUUAUAUAUUUGGGUCCAUUUACCAUGUUUUCUUCCAUAAGCCAUCGCGUUACUGUUUAUGUUCAGUCCAAUACGUAUCGUAUCGUGAAAAAUAUCCCUUUAUUAUAUUAUUCCUUUAUUCAUGUUCUAGUUACGGCAUCCCAAUCUCAACCUCCCACUCAAUCAACAAUGACCAAGAUGAGGAGGUUUGCAGACCAGAAGAGCAGGUCAGAGAUCCAUGUCAAGAUUUUGAAUUAUUUUUCAUAUGGACAAUGGCACAGAUGGAGCCUGGAAGUCAGGGACAAAAUAGCUCAAAAGACUUAGACAUCCGUCUUUCAGAGGAGCUGCUGGCCUCAGACUACUUGCCGCAGUUUAGAAGCCAGUUACCCACACUGAAAGCCAAACUGUCCAGACUCAGUAACCUUCCUGUGUUGGAUCCAUUACUGAGAUUAUUAACAAACACUACAUCUGAGGUCAAAGAGUUAAGUGGCUGUGCUGCCUAUGAAAUCACACCUGACAAGUUCAACGUUGACACAAGGUCACAUGAUGCUGUUGUAGCUCAUGAAGAGUUUGUUAAAGAACCACUUCUUAAGGAAGAGUCCCUGCUGUUACCUGUUGUAGUGGACACUUUUAAAAUGACCAUAGAAAGUUUAACGUCCUAUUCAAGCUUUUGCUGUCACUUUGAUGUUGCUUCAGUACCGAUGGAGGAACAACCUCCAGUUAUGGAUGUUCUUCGUAAAGAUACAUCACCUGCAGUAGACAUUUUCCCGUUUGAUUUUACAGCGGACUGCAGUGACGAAUGCACGAUUGAGAAUUCCCUAAUGGAAACAGACAUAAUUGAACAUCAGGGACUUCCAUCAGAAAUGGAAUUAGAUGAGACAUUGGCUCUGACUCCUAAGAUCAGUCGCUCUCAGCUCAGUCCGAUAAUCUCUGACCUCAGGAAGGAAGAGCUGUCACCACUGUGUUCAGGCUAUCUGCUGACAGCAAGUGCUCAAGAGGACAUGGAGAGAACACUCUGGAACUCAGAGAAGCAUCCAACAUUUGUGGUUGGACUUCUGUUGGCAGAGCCUCAUACACUGGACCAACCUGCCGAAUACAAGCCUUGGUCUGAAGCCUUAAAAAUAAUAAACUCAGAAAGACAAAUAUUUGAAACUUCAAAUCGAGGACUAAUCAAGUCACAGACGACAGAAGACGCACAAGUUCCCCUGGACAACACACAUGACUUCACAGAGACUCUAAUGUCGGGGUUUCCCACCGUAGACGUGAUGAAGGUCGAGGAAUUUGAAAACCUGUCACAUGAUCAUGACCAGUUCGGAUCCAUCCUGAUGAGUCCAGCAAUUAUUCCUCCAUCACAGACAGAGGAAGUGUCUGUGCUUGAAGUCAAAACCUCAGUGGAUACUGUGGUACAGAGAGAAUUUUCUGUCGACACAACCAUGACACAACACACCAACAGAGAAGAAGAAAAGGCGAAGACUGCUGACAACACGUCCACCAAGGAUCAUCAUCUUAAAUUGAAGUUCUCAGUCAUCACAGCUUUGACUGAUGGGAAUGACACCAGGAAGGAGCAGAGUUCCCUCCCUAUGAAACACACUGUGUCCUCCGUACAGAAUGUGAGGGACAGUCACAGACACCAGAUGACUAACAAAAGUCCUCAGGAGCAGGACCUCGACCCUCUGUCCUCCUUCAUAGUGCUAAGAUCCCAGCAGACAACUUCAGGUUCACCAUCACCCAAGAGUUCUAGGAGCACUACAGCCCCAAAGAAGGUCCAGGAAACCCCCACAUCUGAACUGGAGCCCAUCCCAGAAACAGAACCAAGAUCAAAGAGAGGACCAGCCUACAUUAGUGGUGCUGUGUCAGGAAUUGCCACUAGAGUGCAGCAGGUGACGGGUCAGUGGAGAGUGGUCAGUCAUACUGACAGUCAGUCAGACUGUCAGGAGAGGCCAGAGGGCAGAGUAAUACAGGUCCAAGCUACAGAAACUCAGCAGAGGGCGUACUCUGAAUUGUUUGCUGUGGCUCAGCCUUGUCUGAACUGUGCCAGAGAGAUUGGUCUCAAACUCCCUGUAGGUGGAGAUUUCCACAAACUCGCCCCCGACCAAACACAUUUCCUACUCAAACAGCAGGAAAAGGCUGUCUGUGGAGUGAAGGAACCAGAGCCAGCAGGUCAGGAGCUUCUCAGACAGACAGCCUUGAUUCAUAUACUGGUGACAUCCAAGGAGCUGCUGCUGAAGUGCAGUAUCAGUACUGCAGUAGCCUACCUGAUUAGGGCAGUGGAGACCAGUUCAGAACAGUGUCUUGGGUCACUGAUGAAGAGGCUACAGAUCCUCCUCUUCCUUAGUAUCAAACACCAGGAGCCAGAUCUGAAGCUGCAGAAGCUCCAGCAGCUGCUGACUUCAUGGCUGUACAGUAGGAAGGAGAAGGACAGAGCAGACAAAAUUCUUGUCUUACUGUCGGUGGACUCUGAUGACGGCAGAACUAAAAUCAUCAACAGCAUGAACCAAGUUGCUGCUGUGACUUCAUUGAGUCCCAAGGAAAACAAAAAAACAGUGAAUGGUGCCAGUGUGGUCAGCAGUGUGUGUGACAGUGUGUGUGCUGUGGUGUAUGAGCAGCACAUCGGUCCAGAUUUCCCCUGGAACAGUUUCUCUCUGGUGGUGGAGUACAAUCAUCCAGGCCAGUCUCCGUGGUCCACGGUCUGCAGAGACAAAAUCAUCGGUCACAUUAGCUUUAACACCAGCAUUACUGACACAGGUCUGCUGCCACUCUGUGCUCAUGUGUACAAAAAGGCUCUUAAUCUACACUUAAUCUAUACUCUUAUUUGCCUCAAAGAGAACCUGACAUGUCUGGAAGACAAAGUCCCAUAUGUGCUGGUUGUGACAGAGGAGCUUCUGAACUCCCCACUGCUGCUACAGACACUGGAGACAGAGUUUAACAUAACAGUGUUGGAGCGGAGCCACUCCCCAUCUUUACAGAUACUCGGUGGGACGCAGUACUACUGUGUGAUCACAGUGGAUGAAAGUACUGCUAUAAUUAUUCAGGACGAGAUUGAACUCCAUCAGGAAAGAGCCAGUGAGCGACUGGUGACCAGACUGAUCGCCGUGUCUCUUCAGUACAGCUGCUGUUGGCUCAUCCUGCUCUGUCCAGACCUUCAGGACGGAGGACUUCAGGGUGGGGCAUUCAACAACUUGGUUUUACUUUAUUCAUCUCUAGGGCUGUUUGAGAAGAAGUCCAGAGAUCUGCAGGUCAAGGUCCUUAUAGUGUCAGAGAUUUUGGAAAUUGCCAAGUGGAUCAGUCACAUCUGCUUCAGCAGCCUGAUGUGCAGUGACAGAGACGUGGUCAGCUACCUGGACAGAGACUGGCUGAGUGUGAUGAUGUCACAGGAGGAAAUGUGUCUGUUAAAAUUCCCAUGUAUUAACCCUCUGGUUGGUCAGCUCAUGUUGAAGAGAGCCCCAUCAUUUCAGUGGCUGUUUGGAGCCUCCCUGCCUGAGCUGAAGGAGCUCCUCCCUGAGGUGUCACAUAAAGUCAUCAAGCUCUUCACUGACAUCACCUGCCUGUACACACAGACCACGGAUUUCAACAGGGCAGAGUCAGGGACUCAGGGAGUCGUACCAGAGAGCAGUCAACACACUCCAUUCCCUGCGUCCCUCUCCUGCCCUCACCCUGACCCCAUCUCUGACCCUUGCACCACCAGCUUCCUGUUUGGGACUGAAAGUACAGAGAGCGACUUCACUGAACGAGAACCAGAGCUGAGUGUACAGGCUGAAGACUUUAAUGUCAAACUGGACUUGAAUUCCUUUGGCAGCUCGGAUGUUUUCCUGAGGUCUGGUACAGAGGCAGGGGAAGAAGAGGUGACAUUUUCUGGUUGGAGGAGCAGGAGUGGAGCAGUGGGGAGAGUUGUCAGCAGAGCAGCUGAGAAGUGGACACCCAGGCCUCUACCAGAGCACGGGACCAGCAGCUGCUUUAACACCAUGGACGACUGUCAAUUCAAACUGGACACCACCUUUAGGCACAGCCCGGUCCUGCAGCAACACACAAAGGUCAACACUCAGAUGUCCAUGUUCUCUUUAACUGUAAGAAACUUCUACGACCAUCCUGACCUGAGUCCUAUGACAGACAUCUCUCUGUGGGGCCGAAGGGAAAGUGGCAGCUUGAAUGGAGUCUCAUCCCAGUAUGGAUCCACUUGUUGGAUAGGAGGAGAGAGGAAGAGGAGCGGAGAGGCAGCAGGGCAUGUUGGAACAGCGUUGAUGCCACUGAAGAUGGGGAGACUGAGCUAUGAGCGGGUUCCAGGCAGAAGUGAUGGACAGACAAGGCUCAAAUUAUUAUAAAAAAAUAAAAGUUUGACUGUAAAAAAAA